UAAGUCGAUGUGCCGUGCACAGCAAAUAUGUAGGCUGCUGAAUCGAAUGCGGACACCGGAUAGAUGAGACGUGCCUGCUUCGAUGCCCCGUACAAGCCAACACUCGACAUCUCCGGUUCUAUCAGCAAAAUGAGCGGUAAAGCGUAGACGAAGACGCCAAAAAUCGUCUGUGGGCUAUUUCGAAUAAGUGUAUCUGUCGCGUGUAGCUGUAGGACCAGGAAACUAUUAAGUCUUUGUUAAAACCAAGCAACGGCGUCGGUGAGCUAUGUUUAGCAAGUAACAGCUAGCUAGCCCCCUCCAGCCCCCCUUUGGCCCCCAUGCGCACAUGUUCGCUGCGCUAAGCAGUAGCUAGCGUGUUGAGUGUGAGUCAUUGCAGUUUGGGAUGAGGUAUAGUGACCUCGUGGAGGACCACCAUCCGUACAUGCAAAUAACUUCGACUGUUGCUGUUUUCUUCUGCUCCUUGUUAUCGUCAGCAUGCAAUAAAUCCAGCAAAGACUUUGGACUCUCAACCAGUUUCUCGUGUGAUCUCUGACAGCGGCGGCAAAUACCGUAGCUCUGUGGUCUAACUUUCCAACAAAGUGAACGUUUUCGUCAAUUGUCGCAAAGCGGAGUUCUCGUGCAUUUCGCCCUGUACUGCAGUGUUUUUUGUUCCUACCGGUUCAGUUGUCGAAGAGGAACAUUCUUAGAUGAUUUCGGCGGUAUGAUGGCAGAGUUGCUACCGGUGGUAUUCACGGUGAUCGUGGGUCUCACAUUUCCUUAUCUGCCCAUUAGUCGGGCAGAUGAGAACUCAGAUUUGUUAAUGUCAACUUUAAGAAGCAAGUUUGUUUUUGCCUGUGACAAGGAUUUUCUGGCAUUGAAAUGCCCUAACAGCACAGUGAUAACAAUAGACAACGCUAACUAUGGCCGGCAGGUGUCCAGUGAACGCAUGUGCCCAUAUAGAUGGAGCACAGUGGGCAGCUAUCAUGUUACACAAUAUCAUGAAAACACCAACUGCAAGGCAGUUAACUCUCUUCAGGUUAUAGAAAACAUGUGUGAGAGUAGACAGUUCUGCAAGCUUAAGGUUUCUAGUGAUUUAUUUGGUGGUGAUCCAUGUCCUGGAACAAACAAGUAUCUAGAUGUCACCUAUAAAUGUAAACCAAGUAUAUUUCAGAAUAUGGUAGUGUGUGAAAACAGCCACAUGAUGCUACAUUGUAAUGCUAAAGAAGUCUUAGCAAUCCAUUCUGCUGGUUUUGGCCGACCAAUAGCUGCCAACAUGAAGUGUCCGUCUUUUAGCAUGGACGAGAUAGAAUGUUCAUCUUCUUCAUCAUUGGAAGAGGUUAUGAAGCGUUGUCAUGGCAAAAGACAUUGUACAGUUAAAGCCAGCACUCGUAUCUUUGGUGACCCAUGCCAGAGAGACACCUACAAAUAUCUGAGUGUAAUUUAUACUUGUGUUUCUAAGAGGAUAUUUCGCAAGCCAAGGCGUUACACUGGCUCUGUUACUGUGCCACAGAACUUUGCUGUCAGUUUAACAAAUCCUACUUUGAGUCCAGAGUAUGGCUUAGACCAGACAACUUUCACCAUGACUGAAUCUACUGAUCAAAGUCAAGGUUUGUUAGGGACUGCUCCAGCCAAUAAUCAUUCAGUUACCAUCAGUUCAGUUAACAUCAGUCUAAGCCAACAACCAUCAGCAACGGAUGAUCAGGAUAAAGCAACAGGAUUCUUUACCAGUAUAAUAGCUGCCAUAGGUAGCAUUCACUUGAACACUGAAGUGUUCGUAUUGUACAUGUUGGUCGGCUGCUGUAUUGGGACCAUUAUGACAUUACUGUGGUGUGUUGUGAGACUGAAAUGUAAGAAUUGCCAUUUGAAGAAGAAGAUUCAAGAAUCUGGGGGUGCAUCCAGUACAACUGAGGGCAAUAGAACACUACCUAGGAAUGGUUCAGUGCUUGAAUCAGUUCGACAGGAGAAUAGAGUCGACAUUAAUGAGAUAUGGAAUACACCACCACCCUCAGCAUCAACCAUGAGACCAGAGAAUGGAAUCAGUGCAAACCGUAGAUGGGAACCUGCCAAUACACCACCAAGGGAAACUCAAACUCUACCAGCUGCACGCAAUCUCAACAGCUACUUCUCCUGACUAGGCCGGGAAUCCCAUCUUUCAGCUCAUGAAUAUGCAUUAAGUCAGGAUGAUGAUGGUGUCUGAGCUGACAGGUACAUGAGAAAGAUGGGUCUUGCAUGAACACAUAAAAUAUGCCAUAUGCUGUAUCAACUUAACUUGGUUCAAAGACCACAAAGAGGUUGUCUCAGGUCACGCUUCAAAGUGCAUUUGAAAGUGAAUCAAACUUGUUUUCAAAGGUGAUGUAUCACCCAAAACCCACCCAGUGUCAGCCGACUGAUGAGAUAUCAUGUGCCUCUUGGAGGGAUGCCAAAUAUAUCGUUCAGUCUGUAAUUGAAGCUCUCUGGAUCUUUACUUUGUGUCCACAGUACUCAUUGUAUGCUUCAUACUUAUUCUCUGUGACUUAAAACACCUGCUCAAAGUUAAUUGCAUGUCAGUAAAGUGGCUCAUUAAAUGUAUUGAAAAUACAUGAUCAUUGUCGGGGAAAUGUAGUGCCACUUACAUGCUGAUGUACAGAAGGGGCAUAUUGAGUGAUGAACAAAUUGCUCUGAAAAUGGGUGAUGGGUGAGGACCAGACUUGGGGUACUAUAAACAACAUCAUGAUACUUUGGGGAUCUUUUGGAUCAGACAGACCAAAUUCUGUAUAAGAAAUGUUUUAUUCAGAACAGGAGGUAGACAGCAAAUUUGGAUGGAUUUGCUUCUGCAAUGUAACUAAGCAAUCAUCACAAUUCAGAGAACUUGCAACAUUGCAUUAAAGUAAACUGGCUUGACUUCAUCAAAAGCUUGGUCAUCAGAGCUUUUCAUUUUUUUCCCAGAUAAUUUUCAAACUCAGACCAAAGUAAACAAAACAGGGUCCCUUUAAAUCAAGCCAAACAUUCCACAAUGUUUGCUGUUACUCUGCCAAAGUGUUAAAUUUUGUAAAUAAACUGUUCAUUACAAAUUAUUUAUAAAGUUAUGUAAUAUAUGUAUAUGAGUACAGUAGUGCAAAUGUUAGUGGUCCAAAGGUUGUAAUGUACUGGUAUGAACCUUAUUAUACACUAGUAUUGUAAAUGUCAAAAUCCUGCUUUGAGUAUUUACUCUUUUUCCUUAAAUGUUUAUUUAACAUAGGUCAAUAUUGGAAUUUCUGUCUCGAGUCUUAUUGGGUAUAAACUUGUAAUGCAAACAACUAAUUAGAAUGCUGUUAUCUACUAAAUAAUGCCUACCUGUGUUACAAGCAUUAGGGUUUAAAGAUUAAUAAUGUACUACACUUUCAUAAAUCUGUACCUUGAAGGAAUCAGAACAAUGGACAUGUACAUUGUACAUGUUAAUUUGUGUUACACUUGGCAAAACUUACAUGCAAGGGGAUAUUUGCUUUGAGUAUAACUAGGGGAUGACAAGCCUCCCCCUGACAGGUUUACACCAACCCUCAGUGUAUGUACGACUUCCAAGGCAUGCAAUUGUAUUCAUUUUCCAAAUCUACGCUCUAAAUUUUACAAGAAUUGACUGAAAUAUUUUCAAGUACAUGUAUCUUUAUUGAGUUCUACACUAUUAUGUGUUGCACCUUUUCGGUACUGGUACAUUAUUUGUGUUACCCUUUUUGACUCUAGUAAUAAUUGCACACGCUGACAAAAUAUGCAAUGUGAGAGAUUUAAGUAUGUUCAUUUAUCUCAGGAAGUUCAAUGUACUGAUUAAAUCAUUCUUGAACACAAUGUUCUAGCAAUUAACUUAUCCUUUUUCCUGUAAACAGUAUCACUGUUUCAAAAUGUUCUCUGGUUAUUGUACUGAUCAUGAAAUGCAACAUGAAUGGAAAUUCCUUGUGGGAAUCCAAACAUCUCAUGUACGCAAACUUUUUUGAAUAUUUGUAAAUUUACAUCUCCAAGUUACUGUAUGUUGCAUUGGAAUUGUGCUAAAAAAUUCUAGGGAACAGUACUUAAAGAGGCCCAUAAAUUGUCAAAUUUUUCCCAUGUAUUAACAACUCUUAGAAUGUUCAAACAAAAUAUGUGAACAGAUAAUAACAGCACUUAUCUUACAGAAUCUGUCAUUCAAAGGCACCAAUAUAUUAUCAUUAUUCUAACUGGAAGGUCUCUCCACAUCUGAACAUUUCUAAGAGCAUCUCAGCUCCCUGGAGAGUAUACUAGCCUGAUGCCACCAUUCCAGUCACAGAUGGCUAUAUCUGCCCUCAUACAAUGUAGGUACCCACUUACUCCUGGGUGGAAAGAGGCAUGUAGGGGUAAAGUGACUUACCUAAAGUCACAACACUUACAACCAUCUGACGGGAUUUGAACCCCCAACCUUUUAAUUGAGGCUACAGGGCCUAACCACUGGGCCGUAUGUCCCUGUAAUGAAUGCUUCAAAUGACAUACAUUGUAUUCUUAACUGAAUGAGAAGUAAUUGCCCCAUUUGUCAACAAAAAUUCAAUUUCAUAUGUUGGGUUGGCAGAGACAAGAGUCAGCUGCAGUUUAAGAGCUAAAUGUAUGUGGGUAAUUCCAGAAAUUAGGGGUCCAAACGUAUGACUCUUUGUGUCCCUGUUAAUCUUACCUUUGUUAA